AUGAGUUUAGUAAGAGAAGACUUGGAUGCAUUGUCUAAAAGCACUACGCUACGUAGUCAUUCUGCUCAAGGUCUGAGCGACAACUUAAGUCCUUCCGCAAAUAUCCCGUUGCCACCUCGUUUAUGGAUUACAGAUAUAGAAGACGAGUCUUCCGAUGACAUGAGCAGCGUAAGAGAUGACGAGUCCUUUCCAGUCGAGAGGUCUAGAGUUAGAUCUCGUUAUAGACAUCACAAACGUGCAGCAUCUAAUAGUAUACCCAUAGGCAUUUUUUGGGAUAUUGAAAACUGCCAGGUGCCUCGUGGUUGUUCAGCAAUAGAUGUGGUAGCUGCAAUUCGAGCCAAAUUCCUAGUUGGAAGACGAGAAGCAGAUUUUGUGGUUGUGUGUGAUGUGAGGAAAGAAAUGCCAAAUAGACUUCAAGAACUUAAUGAUUCUCAAGUCAGCCUAAUUCAUGUAUGUGGAACUCAAAAGAAUGCAGCUGAUGAAAAAUUAAGGCAAUGUAUGAGAAGAUUUGGAGAGUUGCAUCCAGCUCCUGCUUCAUUAUUGUUAAUAUCUGGGGAUAUUAACUUUGCAGCCGAUCUCAGUGACUUUAGACAUAGGAAAAAUAUGGAAGUGAUAUUGGUGCAUAAACAGAACACCUCAACAGCGUUAAUUACGUGUGCCUCCUCGCACUUUUGUUAUAACGAACUGACUGCACACCUUCCAAGGAACCCUAAGAUAAGUCAAACCGAAGAAGAUGAGCCAACAUGUGAGAUGGAAGUGGUCAAUUUGCCAGUCGACCAACCACCAGAGAGAGUGUCAAGACGCCUCCGAAGGCUGGCUGAUAAUUGUGGAGGAAAAGUUUUAAGAGUUACAGCAUCUACAGCAAUGAUGAAAUUUCCUACACCAGACCAUGCUUCUAGAGCACUGAAGCGUAUGGACGGCGAAGACGUAUUCGGCCGUAAGAUCGGUACGAGGUACGUUCGCACUACGUUCCAGCCGACGUACUCUAGCGAUGAGGGAUACAGCACUGCUCCUCCGAAUCCACCACCAGUAUCCAUGCCGCCACCUCCACCACAAUUCGCUAUGUCUUCACAGGUAUCACAAAUAUCACUGGAUAGGGAACGCACUGCCGCAAACGAAUGGGCACUAGCGUUACAGCAGCUUCCUGCGCCGGCGCCGGCGCCCAUGGAAUUCUGCCCACCCCCCGCACCGAAACCCAGAAAGAUUAGAGGCAGGCAUGGCUCAGCCAGUCUGGACCAAUCGGGUUGCUCGUCGAGCAACUGCAGCGGUGACGACAGCCGUAGAGACCUCAGUCUUAGCCGAGCCGUGUCACCCUGGAAUUCCUCAGGCAGCUUCAGCGAGCAGAGUGAGACUGAGGAGAACAUCGCAGAGCUCACCGUGGCCAACUUGCCUUCCUAUGAUACGAAACUCUUGCAGGAGAUGCUCAUCAAGCUGUUCAACCAUUACGUUCCCGUAAUGCGCGUGUCCGUGUGGUCCGGCGGCGAAGGCCCGAUCGCGACCGUCGUCCUGCGCUCGGAGGGCGACGCCCGUCUCGCCAUCGCGCGGGUGCACAAGCGCCGCCUCGACAACCAGUGGGCGGGUCGCAGGCUCGACCUCUCACUGGGCAGGCCCUCGCCGGCUCCCAAUCUAGACGUGCUUCGCGCCCGUCUCCGCGCCAUACUCCUCGAACAGAAGUCUCACGCAAUGCCGCUGGUGCGAUUACGCGACGCGUACGCGAGCAGGCACUGCUGUGCUCUCACCACCGCUGAUAUAGCGAAGGUUCGAGACACUGUGGUGAUACACGACGGCUUCGGCCGCAUGGUCCAGCUGGUCGACUUCUCCCCGGUGACUAGCGUUGAAAUGGAGGAGGCUCCGUGGAAGUGUCACAUCCACGCCCUUCUCAACACGGGACAAGAGGAUGGCAGCAGGAUCCUCUUGCCGGUGUUCAUGGAGAUAUCCGUGCUCACUAAGAACAUUUGUAUGCUGCUCGACAGUCACAAUGGUGUUCUGCCGCUGUUAAGUUUUGUUGAGUGUUAUGAGGCGAUGUUUCCGCCGUUGAUGGCUGAUUCGCGCCACGGCGUGACCCUGGAACUUCUAUUGCGUAGUAUCUCCUCGGUCGUUGUCAGGGAUAGCCCUUCGCGCCAUCUCACUUGGGCUGACCCUGGUACCCUGCCACUGCCAUUUGACCAAGUCAAUCCCCGCACCCGCGGGCGUACGGCGCCAUCACUAGAGCCAAUGUUGGCGUUACUCGAGAAGGAACUCAUCGAUCUAUUAAAAGUGCAGCCUAAAUGCUGUAUACAAUUCAGCAAGUUGAUACCAACAUUUCACCAUCACUUUGGGCGUCAAUGUCGAGUGGCUGAUUACGGUUUCACCAAGCUCCCCGACCUUCUAGCCGCGUUGAGCAAAUCUAUAGUGGUUCUCGGCUCGGGGUCAUAUCGAGUCAUCACGAUUUCCGCUGCCGCUCAACGCCGUCGGUGGACAUCCGAUCUUUUGAAAAUACUGAAUGCGCAACCCGGUCAUGUGAUAUAUGCCCACCGUCUACCCCAGAUUUACCAAGCCACCAUGACGAGACCCUUCUCACCGGUUGACUACGGUGUUUGUACUGUUGAAGACUUACUGGAGAGAACGAUCCCUGGUUCUGUCGUGUUCGGCGCAGACGGUGCCAUUUCUCUCCCGACCCAGUCACCGAGGCAAGAAGAUUACUCGCGCAUCCUCCAAUUCGCUACUCAAGCAGUGGACCUACUGUGCUACACUCCAAACUUCCAAAUGGAGUUCUCUCGCUUCGUCCCAUCCUUUCAUACGCACUAUGGGACCCAAUUGCGCGUCUCUCACUACGGCUGUGCCAAACUAAUUGAUCUCUUCGACCAGUUGCCUGACUUGAUGACAGUGCAAACUGACCCUUCUGGCGAACGUAUUCUCAAACUAGUUCCGAAAAUGGCGAGCACCUUGAUGGGGCGACGCUUGAAGACCCUUACCCCGGUACCGCUUGCAGCUCUACCAGCGCGUUACGCUUCGCAAUACGGAGCGCCGCCCCAACCGGACAUGAUGGAAGUGACGACGCUUGAAGAGCUGGUUCUAGCAGCGGGCGCUCGUAUAGAAUGGGGAAUCGUGUAUUCUGCAACGGAUACCGCUAACUGGGUCAAUAUGGCGCUCACUGCUUGCUCGGUGUUAUCGGCUGAUCGUAGCGUAUCCCGCGGUUCUACGGAGGAAUAUUUCGUGGCCGCCUUCACGCAACUGCGAGGCUUGGAGCCAGAAGUGAAGAAACUGGAGUCGUCUGGUGUGAUCGAAGUGUCGGACCGCUUUGUUCGUUUGUCGGCACUUUGGCGUACCGUCUGGCGCGUUGUGAUCAUUCUCACUGAACGCCGGCUUCCAAUACCAGCUAUGGAGGUCUUCCUGGAGUAUACAAAACGAUAUGGACCGUCUUUUCCGAAUGCUGAGUUGGGUUUAGAAGCCGUGGUGGAGUUCCUUCAAGAGCAUGACGCUAUUUUCAAGACAGUGCCAUCUGUGGAGGGAGCGAUGUGGCAACUAUGUGAGGGUGUCUGCCCACCUCCACUAAGAGAAGUUGCGAAGCGACACUUUGCAUCGGAGGAUUACUCUAUGUACGAUACCCCACCCGGUCAAAAGGGUUCCCGCGUCUUCGAUUCUCCACUAAGAAAUAUUUGGUCUUCGCCCCCCGCUUGCGCUCUACCCUUACCCACUGCUCUGUUGAACGAGGAGAAACGUCGCACGCGCCUAGCUGCGCAGUUCGACGCAGUCUGA